AUGGCUAAAGGAGGGAAGAAAGGAGGAGGUGCUAAGGGGAAGAAGGUGACUCUGAAGAUGGCCAAGAACGCUGUGCGUGUGACCACUGAUGGCCACCGCAGACUGGACCUCAGUAAUAUGGGGAUCGCAACCUUCCCCAAGUGUCUCCUCAAACUACCAGACCUCAACGAGCUGGACCUCAGCCGCAACCAACUCAAGAAGCUACCGGACUUCAUUGGUGACCUGGUCUCGCUCCGCUGGAUGGAUCUCCAUAGCAACCAGUUGGACGCCAUACCGGAGACAGUCAGCCAAUUGGUGGCGCUGUCACACCUCAACCUAUCCAACAAUCGCCUGACCUCCGCGGGUCUACCCCCUUCGCUAGGCAACCUAGUCCGCCUACGGAGCCUCAACCUGGGCAUGAACCGCCUGGACACCCUGCCUCCCAGCAUGGUGGGGCUUUGUGGUCUCCAAGAGCUGGGCCUGUUUGAUAACCUGUUCCUCUCCCUGCCUGAGUUUAUCAAGGUGUUACCGAGCAUUAUCAGACUCAACACCAAGAGGAACCCUUUGUCCUACGCCCAGGGAGACCCGGGAGCGACGAGGGGUGAAGGGGGGCUGGAGGAGGCGGUGUACCUGGCUAUGGAGGGGAGUCUGUGUGGGUCCUGUUUGGAGAGUUGCAAGAAGGAGAGGAGGUGGAUGCUAGGAGGGAGGAGCGACAGAGAAGUUGAUGCGGAGGUCAGGGGUGUGCCGUACUCCGGGCUGAUUACGCCAAACUCAGUGGCCCAAGCCAAUCAGGAACAGUGGAGGUGA